AUGCCUCCAGACCGACCACCACGAACCCCUGAACGCCCAGCAUCCAUAACCAGCCCCCGAACCAUCGAAGAAGCGUCCAGUAUGUCCGAGGCGCAGAACAUCCCGAGCUCUCGCUCAGAGCCCGCCCUUGGCGGCAUCUCCGAAACCUCGCGGAUACCUUCUGCCGGUGACUCAACGCACGCGUCGUCUGCACUCAGCGGCGAUGGCUACCUGUCGUCGUCGCCAGACACAUCGGGCUACUCGCGCUCUGGCUCUUUCUCCGCUAGCAGCAAGUACGACGAUGACGACGACGAGAGCUUCGUCCCUCCCGACCGCCUCACUAUUUUCGACAUGAUCGAGAACCUCGCGCUCCCGCAACGCCUCGAGCAGUUCCAGCGUUCGAUUUCCGAGCAAAAGACAAAGCUACAGCGGCAACAACAGCGUCUGAAGUCUCAAGGCAUGAACGCAAAGGACCUGGUCAUAGACGAAUGGCGGCGACGCGUGCCUACCGCAGAUGAGCAGCUGGAAAAGUACAAGAAGCGCAUGCACCAGUCUGUCGACCGGCUCGGCCAACGGUGGAAUGAUUCCAAAGCCGUGACCGCGCGCGAGAAGCUUUCCUUCAUCGCCGGUGUGCUCAACAUCUUCAUUAGCGGCUACCUCAUCGGCGCGCAUCCGGAAUGGUUCCCUGCCUGGUACUCUGCGCAGCUUCUCUACUUCAUGCCCAUCCGGUACUACACCUACCACAAAAAAGGAUACCACUAUUUCCUCGCCGACCUCUGCUAUUUUACCAACUUCCUCUUAUUCCUCAGCAUCUGGAUCUUCCCCAACAGCAAACGCUUGUUCAUUAGUUCUUACUGCUUGGCCUUUGGCAACAACGCUGUGGCGAUUGCAAUGUGGAGAAACUCGCUGGUUUUCCAUUCUCUAGACAAAGUCACUUCCCUCUUCAUCCACAUCAUGCCAUGCGCCGCCCUUCAUUGCAUGGUCCAUCUCAUCCCGGCCUCUCUUCAACUCGAGAGGUUUCCGGCGGUCCAUACCAUCAUACACUCCGCUCCGGAUUCUCCGGAGCACUACACGCUCCGCCAGAUGGUGAUUUGGGCCACCGUGCCAUAUGCAAUCUGGCAACUAUCGUACCACUUCCUGAUUACUGUCAGACGCCGCGAUAAGAUCGCUGCAGGCCGGCCUACCUCUUUCACGUGGCUCCGGAAGUCCUAUGGGCCAACUUUGAUUGGAAAGGCGGUUUUAAGCCUCCCCGACGCGUGGCAAGAGCCGGCUUUUAUGCUCAUUCAGUAUUCGUACGCUGUUCUGACAAUGGUGCCAUGUCCGAUCUGGUUUUGGUACCGUUGGGCGUCGUCGGGCUUCCUUAUGACAGUGUUCAUCUGGUCAAUUUACAACGGUGCUAACUACUACAUUGAGGUAUUUGGCAAGCGCUUCCAGAAGGAACUUGACCAGCUCAAACGGGAUGUUGCGAAAUGGCAGAACUCACCGGACUUCAGUGGCGGCUUGAAGACUCCCAACGAGGAGAAAGAUGAGCCGGCACCCAAAUCCGAGGGAGCCGGCGAAAAUAGCUCGCAAAAAUUGAGCACGGGCGCCGCUGCGGGAAUGAACGUCUCGAAUACAGGAAGAAGUGGUAGCUUCGAAGCGAUCCCUCUUCUGGAUGAUACCAAAGGGUCCAGUGGCGCACAAAAACCCGAAGGCAACGGGGAGUUGAGGGAGCGGAAGUGA